GGUGUGUGAAUCUUGCUAAAUAAAUAAAAUAAAAGGCAGACAUCUAUUUUGAUGAGGAAGAAAAAGGAACCAUCUGGAUUCUUGUUACCCUCACCUUUCUGCACCAGGAAGCUCUGCUUCAGUUUUUCAAAGACCAGAAAACUUAACCUGACUUCAACUACAUUGGUUAGCAGCAGCGCUUCCUUCAACGAAUUACAUUGGUUGGCCGGCUUGACUAAUAUAUACACUUCCCUUGCAGCAGCUAAGUUGUCCCAUAUCACACACAGUCUCUUGGCCUUCUUUGCUUCCAGCGGAAUGACAGAUGGCUCUAUCUAUCUUGACCUUGCUCUCCCUUCAGCUCCAACCUCUGCCAGGCUGCUUCACCCCUCACAAGGAUCAGGUGCCUCACCACAUUCUCUGGGGCGACGGACUGCUCUCUGGAUUGGAUGGGGUGGAAAUGUCAUCCUAGGGGUCACCGUGAUAGCCCUGUGUUUUCAGACAUGGAACCUCAUGGGUGAACUGGAGAAAUCCUGUGUCCCUCAGGGUGAAAUGGAAAAUAAUCUAUGCCUAGAGAAUGUGACUUCGCUGCAGCAAUUUUUCUGUAAGCCGCUUGAAAACAGCUCAGCAGAGAGUUCUGACUGCGCAGUCUGCCCUGAGAAUUGGUUCCGUCUCAACAGCAAGUGCUACUGGUUCUCCAGUGAAAAAGGAGACUGGACCGAGAGCAAAGACAACUGCAGAACAAAAGACUCUCGAUUGUUGGUGAUAAAGAAUCAAGAAGAAGUGGACUUUAUACUGCGUAAUACCCAAUAUCCACUGCUUUGGAUUGGAUUACAAGCCACACCUCCUGACUGGAAAUGGACCUGGGUGGACGGCUCCCCGUUAGAUGACAAACUGUGAGUAUCUCAUCUUACUCUGCAGAGCAGGGGUGAGGAGGACCAGAUCUUCAUCUC